AUGUUAUCCAAACAAUAUUCAGGAUUAGGCACUGGGGCAUUAUGUCGUUUGGAUUCAGAGGGUCUUGUGAAACUGCAACCAAUCUAUGCAUAUAUGGAUGGCGAAAAGUAUAAGAUUGCAAACGGUUAUUUGAAAAUGGUGCCGGAUGAUAGUGGUACAAAUCGUCGAGCGUUCAUGGGUAAAUUAGCAGGAUACGAAGUUACUGUAGCAAGCUAUCUGGAAUCGUUUAUUGAUCGAUCAAAAAUUAAAUUCGAUCCAUCAUGCAAUAAACCACUGAUUUAUACAUUAACGCGAGAAAAUGAUAUUACAGCAUCAACUUAUUUUUUCUCACCUUAUUUUAAAGAAAUUAUUGAAUCUUUUACUUUGAAAUGUUUAGAUGCUGGAGUAUUAAAUGUUAUUAUUCUUUUUUUUGUAGCUAAAGAUGCAUUUCUUCUUGAACAGCAACAAUUGCGAAGUAGAGCAUCAAAAAAGCUCAAAGAUCAAUUAGGUGAACCACCAGUGGUCAACAGCAAGCUUCGUUCAGGCAGUCAUAGUAAAAACAAACACACAACUGGAUAA